AUGGCCACGCGAAAAAAGGAAGCCACGAAGUCGGAGGACUCCUCCGAGGAGGAGGAGAGCCAAGAAAAGGAGGAGAAAGCCGAGAAGCCCGAGAAAGCCGAGCGGGCCGCGGCCAAGUCAGACGCCGAGGAGGACACCGGGCGUCGCAGGCAGAGGUCCCGCAGUGGUCGCUCGAGAGGGCGGCGCUCACGCUCCAGAGGCGACCGCGACCGCGAUGGCCGGGCCCGGACUGGACGUGGCGGGCACCGCCACGACGAUCGCCGCGGCGACCGCGACCGCGAUGGUCGCGGUCGGACCGGGCGGGGCGGGCACCGACACGACGACCGUCGUGGGGACCGACCGCGACGACGACCUAUGUGGGGGGCUGCGUUUCUCGCGACCGCGGGCGCGAGGCUUCGCGGCGUGCGUCGCGGCGGCGUGGCGAUGACCGCGAUCGGCGGCACCGUGACGACCGCGAGCGGCGCAACGAGCGCAACGAGGACCGCGGCAACGAGCGGCGGCGGCGACGCGAGGAGAGGAAAGUUGAGGAGGAUAGUGAUUCCUCCGAACCUGAAAAGAGGAAACGACAGAGGCAAGGUGACAAGAAAGCGGCGCGCAAGCGAAGCAAAAAGGAUGAAGAGGAUGAGGUUUCGGAGGAGGCCGAAGAAGAGGAAAAGAAGGAGGAGGAAGAUGAAGAUGAUGAUGAGAAAGACGAGGAUGAAGAAGAAGAAGAGAAGAAACCCACGGAAAAGGAGAAGUCCGCGGGAAAGAAGGAGGUCGAUAACCUCAAAGGAGAUAGGCGGACGAAAAGGCAACUGUUGA